AUGCCGGUGGCCAUGGGCCCCUAUGGACAGUCACAGCCAAGCUGCUUCGACCGUGUGAAGAUGGGCUUUGUGAUGGGUUGCGCUGUGGGCAUGGCACCUGGGGCGCUCUUCGGCACCUUUUCCUGUCUCAGGAUCGGAAUGCGGGGUCAGGAGCUGAUGGGCGGCAUCGGGAAAACCAUGAUGCAGAGUGGCGGCACCUUUGGCACAUUCAUGGCCAUUGGGAUGGGGAUGCUAAUCAGGGCAGUGGUUGUCUACAACAUCCACCCCCUCCCAUCAUUCCUAGCCCAUGUACUAUAAUAAAGCAAGUCUGAGUA